UUUGAUUCGGAUUUAUUUGAUUUGGUUUUAUCUUUGUUUUAUUUACCCCACCUGGAAAAAAAAAAAAAGAGAGAGAGAAAAACCCCACAACAACAAAGCUGCCGCUCCCCGCACCGACCCCCGCGGCGGGCUGGAGAGGCUGAUGCGGCCGCUAAGGGAGAGGAUAGUGGUUAAAGCUCGAGCUGGAUGGAUGGGUAUGGGGAGAGGGGCAGGAUCCACAGCCCUGGGACUUUUCCAAAUCCUCCCUGUCUUUCUCUGCAUCUUCCCUUCAGUGACAUCUCCAUGCAAGAUCCUCAAGUGCAACUCUGAGUUCUGGGCGGCCACGUCGGGCUCCCACGCCCCGGGCACGGAGGAGGCGCCCGAGUUCUGCACGGCGCUGCGCGCCUACGCGCACUGCACCCGCCGCACCGCCCGCACCUGCAGGGGCGACCUGGCCUACCACUCCGCCGUGCAUGGCAUAGAGGAUCUGAUGGUGCAGCACAACUGCUCCAAGGAUGGCCCCACCUCCCAGCCCCGCCUCCGGACCUUGCCCCCCGGCGACAGCCAGGAGCGCUCCGACAGCCCCGAGAUCUGCCACUACGAGAAGAGCUUCCACAAGCACUCGGCCACCCCCAACUACACCCACUGUGGGCUCUUUGGGGACCCCCACCUCAGGACUUUCACAGACACUUUCCAAACCUGCAAGGUGCAAGGGGCUUGGCCGCUCAUAGACAAUAACUACCUGAACGUCCAGGUCACCAACACGCCGGUGCUGCCUGGCUCCACGGCCACCGCCACCAGCAAGCUCACCAUCAUCUUCAAGAGCUUCCAGGAGUGUGUGGAGCAGAAAGUGUACCAGGCGGAGAUGGACGAGCUGCCCGCUGCCUUUGCCGACGGCUCCAGGAACGGGGGGGACAAGCACGGGGCAAACAGCCUGAAGAUCACGGAGAAGGUGUCAGGGCAGCACAUCGAGAUCCAGGCCAAGUACAUCGGCACCACCAUCGUGGUGCGGCAGGUGGGCCGCUACCUCACCUUCGCCGUGCGCAUGCCGGAGGAGGUGGUCAACGCCGUGGAGGACCGGGACAGCCAGGGCCUCUACCUGUGCCUGCGUGGUUGUCCUCUCAACCAGCAGAUUGACUUCCAGGCCGUCCGCUCGGCUCAGGCCGCCGAGGGUCGCGCUCGGCGCAAGGGGCCCAGCCUGCCGGCCCCCCCCGAGGCGUUCACCUACGAAACGGCCACGGCCAAGUGCAGGGAAAAGCUGCCCGUGGAGGACCUCUACUUCCAGUCCUGCGUCUUUGACCUCCUCACCACCGGGGAUGUCAACUUCAUGCUGGCUGCUUACUAUGCCUUUGAGGAUGUGAAGAUGCUUCACUCCAACAAAGACAAGCUGCACCUCUACGAAAGGACACGGGAGCUGGCCCCGGGCAGCGCCGCUCCCUCGGGGGCCUCCGCCGCCCUCUGGGUGCUACUGCUGUGCUUGAGUCAGUGUUGGUUGUGCUUGUUGUAGAGGUUUGCUCCUUCGCACCGUGGGAAGGGGAGCAGGAGGGAACCGGGGAUGAGACGGCGGCGCGGGGCAGCCGGAGGUUGGAUGUCAGAGCUGCGUGGGGUUGUCCUCAGACCUCAGCUCCUCCGGCUGGCGCCAGGUCCUCCACCUUCCCAGCUCGUGCGUGGGAAGAAUGUGCUGCCAGUGGGACCAGUCAGGAGAUCUUGCUGGACCGUGUCUUGGCUGGACCUUCCUCGCCUCCUCUUCCUCCCAGCAGUGUGGGUGCUGAGGGGCCCCCAGCGCUCCCCCGGGUCCCAGAGAUGCAA